AUGGCUUCCUUUCCCACCACUUCAAAUAUCUCAUUUUCUGACGCUGCUGAAGUUAGCGUCAGGUAAAAAAUUCAAAAUAUCAUUCCCAAAGUGAAAAAAGCUGAUUUGAGUGAAAAUCUGCGCACAUGGGAUUCUUCCGAAACCAAAAAGAUUGACAUGCAAAGUGAGCAAACUUUUUUUUUAAGUUCUAAAGAGUGCUUCAAUUCAGGUUUGCAAGAAUACACUGUUGAUUUGAUUGAUAAACUGACGAAGACGCUGGAGCAAGUCAAAGAAACGAACAGUGAAAUGAAGAAAACUUUGAAAGAAAUGAAGGUCGAGAAGUUUUGGAAAAGGAAAAAAAAGGAGAGUUUUCGCAGAAGUUUAGUCGAAAUAUGACAGCGAAGAACCAAGCUGGGAGCCCGGCGAACGCUGAAGAGGAUAGUUUUUCCUCGGGCAUGUUUUAUUUUCAAUAUAGUGUGGCUCAACGCGCAACAGCUGUGAAGCUGUUCCAUAGAAAUGCCCGACCGAAUUACGACUUUCGCGCGUCUGCCUUGAAAAGCUUAAUAGCAUAGAAAGUUCUGGACUCCGCCUGUAAUCCCAAUUUCAACCCUAGCGGAACCGCAACCCGUUGAGUCAUUUCGAGGCGACCAGAAGGUCUAGAUCUUAGUUGACCUGACCCUCCAAAUGUGAAACCAGAGCUGGUGUUGAAACAGGGCAACCCAGGCAGGGGAACGCGAUUCGGGACACCUAGACCCGCGAAGCGGUCAGAUUCUCAAAUUAGCCAUUUUUCUUGAUCUUAGAGGACGAUGAUUCCAAGACAGACAACAAAGCCUCUCCUGUUCAAAAAACCGAAGUUGACCCGCCUAAACCGUAUGAAACCCUAAUAACUUCAUUUUAAAUUCUAUUUUAGAGUUGCAAAAGAGAUCGCCAAAGAGGUUGCAAAAGAAGUAGUCAAGGAAAUUUCGAAGAAAGAAAAGUUGAACAAGAGCUCUCAGCGACCCAGGGUAAGAAAUCCAAAAAUUGAGUAAAUCGUCUCAGUUUUUAGUAUUUAUCAAGAUAGAGCGAUUAUUCAACUUAAAAUUCCAGAAAUUGCGAAAAACUCGGAGUCUGCUGCCGGCCAACCAAUGCGCGGCAGAACCUAUCGGCUUUAGAGUUCGUGAAUUUGUUUUUUGCUUUAUGAAUAGCAGUCCUUUUAUUUUGACCUGAAACAUGUAUUUUAGUUCUAGGAAAUUUGAGUUUAAUCUGGAUCCGGAAAUUUUUAAACCGUAUCGAACAAAAUAUAUGAGAUUCUUAAUAACACUUUCAAUUAAAAAAAUUUCAGAGCAUCGUAGCCAUGGCGAUACAUAAAGGAGGUAUUCCGGUCUGUAUGUACGAGCCUACAGGACUGCUACAGGUUUCUAUUUUGAUUACAUAUAGAGAAAUUUUCCCAACAAAGCUUUUUCUUUUCCUUUUAUAUCGAUAUAGUUACAUUGGCUUUUUAGCUUUAAACUUAGAAAAUAAAAAAGAAUUUUUUUUCUUAGUUACUCUGCGAAGAACUGAAAUGGUCAUACCUACUGGACAAUGCGGCGGCUUGCAACUCGCCCGAUGAAAGACUUUCUUGGGUCGGUUUUUGGGAAAUCCGUAAAGUUUUUUCAUGAAUUUUGGCUAGACUUGUGUGCUGGGUUUGCAAUAGGGUCGAAAAUUUUCCAGUUUUUGAUAUUUUUUGUCUCAAAAUCAUCUCAGAGUCUGUGAUUAGGGAGUUGAAUGAUCGAAAAUGUGUCUUUUACCAACAUUAUGUGAUUUAAUUUUUGAAAUGAGAGGAAAAAAAUAAUUUUCUAUGUCGACUUCCGGCCGGCGCACGCACAGCUCUCCUUUCGGCUAUCAAAUUUUUCACAAUAGACGUGGCAUUUUUUGAAAAAUUCAGAUAGUCGCUUACGCAAUUUCGGUCUACUCUUCUACAAUCGGACGAUACCGAAAGCCGUUCAACCCGGUCAUUGGAGAAACUUUCGACUACAUCGACAACGAAAGAGGCUGGAAAUUUCAUGGCGAGCAGGUGUGUUUUGAGGAAAAACCUCAAUUAUUAAUUUAUCAAAGAAUAAAUGUUAGGUUUCCCAUCAUCCUUGUAUCACCGCUGCGCAAGCCCAAGGCAAGAAUUGGCUUUGGUGGCAAAAUCUGAGUGAGUUUUGAGUAUAUUUUCGCAUCUUGUCCAAAUUGAACAGGAAAUUUUUUUGAGUUUGUUAAAACCGAUCGAUGAUCGAAAACUGUGUUUUUCGAUCUUUCUUGAGUUUACCAUUAUAAACAGGCUCGUUUCAGAUAACGAUUUUGGAAAUGGAGCCGUUUAAAAUUUCCGUUGCAUGUUAUAGUAAAAAUCCAAUAAAAUGCUUCUUUGCAAAAUAAUUUCAUGAACGGUUUAGCCGCCGAAGUAAUCACCAGCAAACUGAAUAUGAUUUCCGAACUGACACCGGGGAUGCCGGUGAGAGUGAGGAUCGGCUCUGAAGACAUUUGCUGGACUCGGGUUCUUUUUUACUCCUUUUUUUCUACGAAAGUUACAGAAAACAGUAUCAGAUAGCAUCGGAAAGUUUCAAUCGAAGCUAUUUUGUGAAAGAAGUUAAUAAAACACUCAUAUUUAAAGUGUAACGAUCUGAAAGAUGUAUAUCGAUUUUGAAGCCGAAAACGACAAUUGAAAAAAUCAACGCGAUUCCGGAGAAGCGGAAUAUUUACCACGAAGGCUCAAUGCAAUUCCGCAGUUCUUCUGGCUGUUCAGCCCGGCUUGUUGUCAACCGAACAAGGGUUAGUCGUUGGAACUAGGCUUGUGCGAGGGCCGGUCCGUGCCCGGCCCAGCCCGGCCUAAGCGAGGUCUCAGAAAAAACAGCCAGCCUGACCCAAAGAGCACAAACCUUCUUCAAGUCAAGUAUCAGACUUUCUUUACGGCAAUAUCCACGUUUUCGGUUAUUUAUCCCUUUAAGAUUCAACUGAAAAUAUGAUUCGAUAAGUAAAAAGGGUUUUUUGGUGAUGACAUUUAAAAACCCAGGUCUGGUCUAAGCCAACGCAGGCCUCUUCGAAAAAAAAUGGUCUUUCUGGCCCAGGCCGCCCAGCCUGACGUACAAGCCUCGUUGGAACAAAUGAAAAAGUAUGAAAGAAAGUCUAGGAAUGCGCAGGAGAGGUUUUUGAUCGGAACGGCAGGCAGUGCUUCAAGCUCUUCGGAGGCUGGGACGUCGGUCUCUCGAGGCAUUUCUUUACCAAUAAAUAUCUUCUUAAAACAGAAGGUUUAGAUCAAAACCAGGUGGAGAGAACCGCGAAAGUCUCUUUGAGCUCAAAGGACACGAUUACAACCCUGCGCAAUACGGCUUCACCAAGUUCACGAUGUCGUUGAACGAGCUCUACGAGGAGGACAGGCCUUCGUUGCCGCCUACAGACUGUCGUUUCAGGCCAGAUAUGAGAGCGCUCGAAAGCGGAAAGGUGGAACAGAAGUACUGAGAAAUUAGAGAUAGAAAAGUGAAUGUUCAGAUCGAACUGACUGCCCAGUACAAGGAUGCUUUGGAAAGGGCUAGUUUUUAUGACAUUUUUCCCACUAAAUUGUCAAGUUUCAGCUUCAAAGAGCCCGCGAGCGUGCUAACACCUACACUCCUCUCUGGUUCACUCCCGAAACGGACAGCUUCAUCGGCAAGGGCUUUUUCGUCUCGAAUGGCAAGUACUGGGACGCCAAGACGCGUCGAUACAGCGAACAGCACGAAAGAAACUUGUUCCCUGCUGUUUUUGCUAUCCAGAAAUGA